GACGUUCACAGCACGUCAACGUCAACCUUCACUGGACCGAGCUCUGCUGCAGCUGCUAAGUCACUUUUAAAAGGCGAAAACUAUGAAAUCUGAGCACAAUUUGACAAAAAAAAUGGCCUAGCUACUAAUUUAAUACAUAUAUUCUGUUCCUGUCUAUCAGAAUUGAGCAGAUUUGUUGUUAUAAUGGAGGUUUUACGUCCACAACUUGUGAUCAUAAAUGGCAGACAAUAUCGAAGGAACGUGAUGAAGGAGGAGCAGUUUGAGGAGGAAGAGGAGUUCUCCUACACAGGACCAGAGUCUGGAGACGUGGCUGAAGAUGAGGGCUGCGAUCCUCAGCGCAUUGAACAGACGGACAAAGGCUUCCACUGCGCCGUCGACGUGCCCAGCGUCCUCUACAAAUACAUCAUCGGUAAAAAAGGAGAGACUCGCAGACGACUUGAGCAUGACACGAAAACCAGCAUCAGCAUCCCCAAACAAGGAGCGGAAGGACCGAUAGUGAUCACCGGGGCCCGUCGAGCGUCUGUGUCGUCUGCGCUCACUCGACUGGAGCUGCUCGUCGACAGCUUCAGGAGGAAACAGCCGUUCACUCACUUCCUGUCGCUCCCGCUGAACGACCCCGGGAUCCAAGAUGGCUUCCUGAGGUUUAAGGAGGCGGUGCUGGCCCAGUGCUCACAGGACCAUGGAGUUGAGGCCAGUAUUUUCCAGAACCCGUCCAAACUGCACCUCACUGUGGGGACUCUGGUUCUGUUAAACGAGACGGAGGUGAGGAAGGCCUGUGAGCAGCUGCAGCAGUGUGAAGACUUCAUCAGGGAGAUCACCGGAGGCAGGCCCUUGGAACUCGAGGUCAGAGGAGUGGAGUACAUGAAUGAUGACCCUGCGACGGUAGACGUCCUCUACGCCAAGGUCAACAUGAAGGACGGGUCUGACAAGCUGCAGGUGCUGGCUGAUCGUCUGGUGGAGCACUUUGUGUCUUCGGGGCUGAUGGUUCGUGAAUGGGACAGAGUCAAACUUCAUGGGACAGUCAUGAACACACUGUUCAGGAGAGACUCCACAGCUGAAGGUUCAGGACGAAAAACUCCAACAUCGAGAGAAGCGUUUGACGCUCGCCACGUCCUGAAGACGUUUGGAGCUUUUACUUUUGGAGAUCUGGAGCUGAACUCGGUGCUUUUAUCACAGAGAUAUUCUUCAGACUGUACAGGAUACUACUCCACCGCAGGACAAGUCUCCUUUUCAUGAAACUCAACCUCAUCUCUUUGGUCCUGGUUUGGUCCCGGUUUGGUCCCGGUUUGGUCCUGGUUUGGUCCAGAUCUAGACCUGAUUUGGUCCUGUUCUAACCCUGUGAACAGAGCAGAGCUUUGUCCACCAGAUGGCAGCAGAUCUGUGCUCACUGUGCUGUAAAUCUGUGAAACGCUGAUGACUCCAAGUCUCGUUUAUCUUCCUCCACAUACAGAGAGAAAUAAAAAAUACUUUUAUGUGUUUUCUAGCUUCCA